AUGAAGAAAUCUAAAAAUGUUAUUGAAAAUUCAAAUGAAAUACCAGAAUUUAAAACUUUUAAUACAGAAGAACUAGAAGAAAUUUUAAAAAUUUUUUCUAAAAGAGUUUCUCUUAAAAAAAUUUUAACUUUCGAUCAUAAAAAAGUUGUUGAUAAGAUUAUACCUAGAUCUUUAAAUAAUAAAGAAAAAGAAUACUAUGAAAAUAUUUUUAAAGAAAAUUAUUCUAAAAGAACAUUUAAACCAGAUUCAAAAAAUUUUAAUGAAGAUUUAUUUGAAGUUAAAAACAAUAAUAUUCUAUCUUAUUAUGAAUUGUUUUUAAUAGAAGUUUUUUUUAAAGAAUGUUGUUUAAAAUCUAAAAAAAAGAUAUAUUUAAAUGAUUUAGAAUUGGCUAUCAAUGAAUUUGUUAAUUAUUUAAAUAAUUCAUUGAAAUUUAUAAAAUUUUAUCAUAAACUUAAAAAUUUGAUUAAAAAGAUUAAAAACAAGCAAAAUGAAGAAGAUGAUAUUCAAGAAUCUAUUAAAGAUUUGAUUUUAACAUUUAAGAAUGAUUGUAAUUUAAAUGAAGAAGAUCAAUUUUUUAUUGGUACAAGUGUUUUUUUUAUUAAUAUUCACAGUAAUAAAGAUACAAUGGCUGUUUUAGAAUGGGCAAGAAAAAUUGUAACUGAUAAACAAAUUACAGAGAUGAACUAUAUUGAUUCUAUUAAAAACGAAUUUCCUAAAAAUAAGCAACUAUUUUUUAUUGGCUUAAAAAAAAUAAGUAUAACAUAUUUCACUCAUGUUUUUAAAAAUUUUUCUCAUAUUGAACUUUUUAGAUCUGAUCCACUUAAAAGUUUUAUUAGAAAAAAAAGAAGUGAUUUGAAGAUAAAAUAUUUAAAGGGGUUAAUGGAUUUAUUGCCAAAUAAUUAA